UUCGAACGGUCCAUCAUCAUCGAUGACAAAUCAAAUCCUGUCAUAGAAUUUUUUCCACGUUUAUUUCUGCAUUUGUUUACUUAUCUGGGAAAAAUAAUUCAAACACGCGGUCGAUAACAGUCAGCACCGAUGCUGACAAACGCGUUAUAAAUUGAACAAUAUAGUAAAUAAAGAUACUACGUCUACUACCAUUUUAUCUUGAUUAUCUGAUUCUAAAACAUGGAGAAAGAUCCAGUGUGUGUCUCCAUGAGUUCGCAUCGAAACAUACGUGGGUAAUUUUGAAAGAUAAACGGUAAAUAAAUAUUGUUUAAAUGUCUAACGCUGAUGCAAUGGAAAAUGAAAAUGAUCCAGUGGUUAAAGAGAUUCCAGUAUUUCUUUCGAAAACACUAGCGGAUAAACUUUUUAUUUUUCAAUAUCCGGUCAGGCCUGCUCAUGAAGGUUACGAUAAUUCAACCUUCUUAAAAACCUCUAUAAAACCGAGAAAUCAAGAAGUUCUCAUAGAAGUGGCGAUAGAUACGCACAGUGUUAAUUAUGAUCAAAGUAAAGGUGAGCAAAUUGCAAUUAGCGCAGAUGGAGAUUCAAAAGGUAAUCAAGAUGACAGUAACAAAGCAUUCAACAGCAAUUUCAUGGAUAAAACUGUGUUACAAUCAUCCAGAGCACUGCCAAACUGUUCCAAUUAUGCGGUUGGUAUUUUCCAAGACGGAGAAUUACAUUUAACGCCGUUAAGAGGAAUCGUUCAAAUGCGUUCGCAAUUUAAUUACCUUGAUAAGAGCGACCAACGUUUAAGAGACGAAGCCAAAAAUACAGGCGAUGAUUUUGAAGAGGACGAAGAAGGACCAAAACAAGUUAAUGUUACUUUUGCUAGACAGAAACCAGAGUUUAUAAAAAAGAUGCAGGAGAAAUCUUUCCAGCAUCAUGCGCAGAAAAGCUUGGAAGAAAGAUGGAUUCAUACAAACUAUAUUCCAGCAAAUAGUACGCAAGCAGAGCUUACACGUUUGGAUAUGUUUUGUUCUACUAUAGAUGAAACUGUAAAUACGUUGAAUUUAUCGACUCAGCAAUAUUUAGAAUUACUAGUACCAAGAGAGAAAGAGGACAAUUUAAAAACGGCUGUUUCUAACGCUACAACGUCCCUUAAUUAUAUUAGAACAUUACCUCUCCUUGAUCAAAUUAAAAUACUUAUGAAAGAUGCCAAAGUUAUAUCCUUUAUACAGUUACGGUCAAUUUUGUCGUCGGAUCAAGAAACGGCAGCUAUUUUAAAAUAUUUACAGCAAGUGGCAGUUUUAGUACAGGGAAAUUGGGUUGUAAGUAGCGAACUGGUGUAUCCAAAAGACAGUAUUUCAUCGCAUAACGGCAUCCCUGCAGAACUAAUGUGCAGGGCUAGGGAUUAUAUUUUGUUGUCGUUCACGGAACACGAAUUCCUAGACAGAAAAACGAUCUCGACGGUUGUUAAAUUACCCGCCGACGAAAUCAAAGAAAUAUUUACAAACUUAGCGAUACGGAAACCUAAAAAGGGUUGGCAAUUGAUAAUUCCGCCUACCAAAGAAUUUAUCGAAAGGUAUCCGGAAAUAGCACAAAGGCAAGAAAUGUUUUGGGAAGCGAAACGAAAGUUUCUUCGCGAGGCGAUGGAGGUUCAAAGUCAGAUUCCUCAACGUCAAAGGCGAAAGUCGAACAGGGAAUCCAUCGGGUCGGAAAACGAGGAGAAAAACGUGGGCCGCGGGAGGAAAACUUUGAGGGAUUCCUCGAUGUCCGAUAACGAUAGCGCGACAGAACCAGUGAAACAUAAAAAAACAAUUCGAUCCCGUAAAGUGUCCGAGACCACGUGACCAAAGUUGACGUCCGAUUAAACGUGUAUAAUGUUGCUACAUAUUGUUAAUGUAUUUGAAAUUACGGAAUCAUCACGCGUCUAGAUAAUAUUAUAACGUAUCUGUUUUGAUACACUGCCUAAAUCUUAUAAUAUACAUGUAUUCUUAAAUUAUUUAAAUAGAAUAUUUUCUAGUCUCAAGUGAUGCGUCAAACAAACGACAAUAUAGGUUUCGACUACUGUCCGUUCGAAUGUAGAACUUGUGCAUUUUGUUAUCCUAGGUAGUUAUAACAAAAUCCAAGAUGCUAUGUUUGCUUUUUAUAAUGUCGUACAUAGUGAUAAUACGAACGCUAUAAAAAUCACUUCAAUGUUAUUGUCUUAUAAAUAAAAUGUACAGAAAGAUGACGAAUUUUGUCUGAUCGUUGCUAUUGCGAGCAAAUUUAUUAUUACGCGUGACAUUGUCGAUGGUUGAUAGAUGGUACGUACUAUAAUCGAAAUUGUAAAAAGCAUUCAUCUAUUGUUUCCAAUAGUUACUUUCUGCACAUCGUGGAUCGAUGAUGAUUUGAAAGCGUGGACUGAAAAAAAAUGACUGAUGUUUUUUAUUUUACUAAAAAUAUUUUU